GUUACUUCCACUACGGUCCCAUUGUACAGCGACACGCCGACCGGUUAAAUUCAAAAAGCAGCCCAGAGACAUACAGACUGAUACAGAUUUGAAAGAAGAACAUCUUUUUCAUCAAAGAAAUCUUAAACUAUCUUUUAUUUACCAAACCAAAAAUUUAUAAGAAGUUGAAAAAGAAUUUGAAAAAAUAUGUCGUCGGAACAAGAACCCCAACCAACGGAAGAACAACAACCAAAAACUGAGAACAACAGCAGCGUUGAGGAGGACAUCAAGGAAAAUGGCACUGGGGACGCCGCUGCCGCCAACGCCGCUUCUUCGCCGGCACCUCAACAAACGGAAAACAACGAUAACGAUGCACAAAAACCAAAAGAAAUGAGAGCCGUUGUUCUUAUGAGCUUUGGUGGAUUAAAAUCUGUUAAAAUUAUGAAAAAAGAUGAACCAACAGCCGGCGAAGGAGAAGUUUUAAUUCGAGUUAAAGCAUGUGGUCUGAAUUUCCAAGACUUAAUGGUGCGACAGGGUGCGGUCGAUUCCCCUCCGAAAUGCCCCUUCAUUCUCGGUUUUGAAUGCGCCGGAGAAAUCGAGCAAAUCGGCGAAGGAGUUGAAGGAUUUUCAAUUGGCGACAAAGUUGUUGCGCUUCCCGAGUAUAGAGCCUGGGCGGAAUUGGUUGCCGUCCCAGCAAAAUAUAUUUAUAAAUUACCGGAAGAAUUGGGUCCGUUGGACGCAGCCGCUAUUACCAUGAACUACACCGUGGCCUACAUCCUUCUUUUUGAACUCGCCGGACUUUCCAAGGGCAAAAGAUUACUUGUUCAUUCAGUAGGAGGUGGAGUGGGUCAAGCUAUUGUUCAACUUGCAAAAACCGUUCCCGAUGUAACAGUUUUUGGGGUUUGCUCCAAAUCAAAACAUGAAGCGUUGAAAGCGAACAACAGCCCGAUCGAUCAUUUACUCGAACGCGGUAGCGAUUAUUCGAGCGAAAUUCGCAAGAUCCAACCUGACGGGGUCGACAUCGUUUUGGAUUGUUUGUGCGGCGAUGAAUGCAACAAGGGAUUUUCGUUGUUGAAGCCGAUGGGAAAAUACAUUUUGUAUGGAUCGUCGAAUAUCGUAACUGGCGAAACUAAAAGUUUCUUUAGCGCUGCGCGUUCGUGGUGGCAAGUUGACAAAGUUUCUCCAAUUAAACUUUUCGAAGAAAACAAAACUUUGUCCGGUUUUAAUCUUCGCAGGUUGAUGUAUCAACAAGAUGGAAGUGAAUUUGUUAGGAAAGCAGUUGAAAGUGUUUUUGAUUUAUAUAAGGAUGGAAAAAUUAAACCGAUUUUGGAUUCAACUUGGGCUCUUGAGGAUGUUGCUGAAGCUAUGCAAAAAAUGCAUGAUCGCAAAAACAUUGGUAAAUUAAUUUUGGAUCCAAGUAUGGAACCAAAACCAAAACCAGCAACUCCUGCUAAAGGUAAAAAUAAGGAAGAUAAAAAGAAACAAUCCUCUGAAGAAAAGAAAGAAAGCGAAGAAAAGAAAGAAGUUGAAGCUAAAGUUGAAGAGAAAAAAGAAGAAAAGAAAGAAGAAAUUCCCGUUGCAGCAACUAAUGGAGAUUCAGCCACCAAUGGUGAAUCAGAUUCCAAGGGAAAGGAAAACUCGAGUUGAAUUGAUUAAAACUUUGAAUAAAUAUUUAAAAAGAAAACGCAACCAUACGAAUUGAGAAGUCUUAUAAUUCAUUUUUAAUUUUAAAUUGUUUACUUUUUUUUGUAGUAAUUGUCGCGUUUCUUUGUAAAAAUUCCAAUUAGUUUUCCCUAAUAGAAUUUUUGAAUGUAAUUAUUGAAAAAAAAUGGUAGUUAAGUUAAAAUGAAGAUUAAAUUACCACAAGUUUAAAUUUAACAAAAAAAAAAUACAAAUUAAAAAAACCAUGUGUGCUGUGUUUGUUUAAUUAUAUUUUUUAAAUGAUUGUAUAGAUACAAAGAGUUAGAAAAAAAAUGAUAAAAAAACGGUAGCGAUUAGAAUUAAAAAAAAAUAAUGAUAAUGAUAAAACGUCAAAAAAAUUGCAAUUUAUGAGCCUAUAUAUUUUAUGAUGAAAGGAAUUUUUUCUUUCCCCUGCAUUGAAAUGAAGAAAAAAAGCGUAGUAGAGACCAAUUUUAAUUGCUUAGUGAAAAUGGUGUGUUUAAAUAAUCUUUCAACAUUCCAAAGAAAUAUAUUAUAAAAAAAUCUCAUAUCCUAUUUGAUACUAAUAUCUCUGACCAACAAAAAAAACGAAGUAGAAGAAAAAAAUUGAGUAAGAAUGAAAAAUGUAGGGAUUUAUUAAUAAAAUAAGAAGAAAAAAAUACGAGCUAUUUUUCCAACGACUUAGUUUAGAUUUUUCGUUUUUAAAAUAUUUUAAAACAAGAAAAACGCUUAAAAAUACACUACAAAUAUUUAGUAACAAACAAAAAUUAAAUAUAAACAAUAAAAUAACAAAAAUAAAAACCAUAAUCGCUCUAUAUAUUAAUUAUUUGUUUGUUACUUUAUUUAAAUUAACGAAAAGUAAGCGAGAAUGAAAAGAUAAAAUGGAAACAUUUCGUUUAUUUCUCGUCAUAUCACGAUAAUUACGAAAAAAAUUUAAAUCUGAACAACAAUUAAUCUUUUUACAAGAAAAAAAAUUAAAAAGUACUGUUUUGCUAUCAGUGUUAAUUAAUAAACACUCAAAAGUAGUUGGUUAUUAGUCACUAUUUUUGGGGAAUAUGAAAAAUAUAUAUAUUAUAAGAAAAAAAAGCUUAAGCUAAAAUAUUUUUAACGGCGUAUUUAAUAAAUUAUAAAAAAAAUUAUAAUAAGAUUUAAAAAGAAAAUUAAAUGUUUCCAUAAAUUAAUAAAUUUAGCUUUGGGGCGAGUUACCAAAAGAAACCGUUCUCAUAAAAAAAAAUCUUUUUGCUUUCUACCCCCAGCGACGAA